UCGAAGCGCGACCAAAACUAAACGCAUGCGCAUAUGACGGUCCCAGUCCUUUGACGCCAUUUGAAACAUCGCAGGACUGUUUUUCUUCAGUGUUUUUCAGACAAAUGGAUGGCGAAGAGGACGAAUUCUUCUCCGGGAACCACUCUGAUGGUGGUGGCACCCCCGUACAGGACGAAAAUGCUCCCGGUUCAGAUGCGGAAGAGGAGACGAGGAAUGAGUCGUGCCACUCAGAGGAUGAGAAUAGUCAUGGUGAGGGAGCAGCUCAGGCCAUGGAGACAAAUGGUUUGGCCAGUGGGUCAGACAACAAGGGCCACAAAAGGGAGGACAGUGACUCUGAGGAGGAGGCACCAGUCAAACGCAGCACCUCAGACAUAGAGUGCACCCCCCCAACCAAACGCAGAGGCAGCAACUCGGACAUUGAGGGGCCCCCAAUCAAACACAGAGGCUGCACCUCUGACAUGGAGGAGAAAGAAACCAAGCAGGCUGCAGUCGGGAGUGACUCUGAGAACGAGGAUCAGCCCCCGUCUCCAGCACGGAGCAGACACUCAAAUGCACGCAGUGAUUCUGAGACUGAGGUGCCCGAACACAAAGCGCAGAUCAAGUCUGAUGGAAAGGAGGAGGAGUGCGGUGAGAAGAAAGGGAAGUGGAAGGCUGUAAUGCAUUCCGACAGUGAGGAUGAGGUGGAGGCUCGGUCAGUGAAAGCAGCUGCAGGCAGUGGCCAGGAGAAGGAUAGUCCCGCAAAACGGGUGGUGGACGAUAGUGAGGAUGAUGACGCAAUGCCAAUGAAGAGGAAGAAAGCCAUCCUGUCAGACAGUGAAGAUGAGGAGGAAAAGGCUGACGAACCAGCGUCGAAGAAGAGCCACACUGUGUCUGACGACGAGAACUCAGAAGCGCCCGACAAAACCAUGGCCAAACUGCGGGAACUGGGCUCAGAAAGCGAAGACGAGGAUGAUGGACAGAAGGCGACAGGAGGGAAGGAUGAGAAAACACUGUUUGGUAGCGACAGCGAAUCAGGUGACGAGGAAGAGAAAAUGAUUGCAGACAUUUUUGGUGACUCAGGUGAUGAAGAGGGGGAAGAGUUUACGGGUUUCAAUCAGGAGGAUCUGGAGGGGGAUAAGAACCUAUCACAGGCCUCGGCAAAGAAAGCAAUGGAAGACGACUCGGACUCUGACGAGGGCGUGGACAGGGGUGGUGUCCAAGACACCAGCUUCAUGUCAGACUUUGACGUGAUGCUGGCUCGUAAGAAGGCCCAGAGCGGGAAGCGACGACGGAACCGAGACGGGGGAACGUUCAUAAGUGAUGCUGAUGAUGUGGUCAGUGCCAUGAUCACCAAGAUGACAGAGGCUGCAGAGGAGGACAGAACACUGAAUGCUCAGAAGAAGCCAGCCUUAAAAAAGCUGACCCUCCUCCCCACUGUAGUUAUGCACCUGAAAAAGCAAGACCUCAAGGAGACGUUCAUCGACAGUGGAGUGAUGUCGGCCAUCAAGGAGUGGAUUGGCCCGCUGCCAGACAAGAGUCUCCCGGCCCUCAAAAUCAGAGAGGAUCUCCUCAAGAUCCUACAGGAACUCCCCAGCGUGAGUCAGGAGACUCUUAAACACAGCGGGAUUGGCCGAGCUGUCAUGUUCCUCUACAAACACCCCAAGGAGUCGCGCCCCAACAAGGACCUCGCCCUUAAACUCAUCAACGAGUGGUCCCGCCCCAUCUUUGGCCUGACAUCCAACUACAAGGGCAUGACGCGCGAGGAGAGACAACAGAGAGACCUUGACCAGCAAAUGCCGCAAAAAAGACUCCUCAGUCAGCCCCAAACGGUGGAUAGGUCCAAGGAACCGGAUGUCUUCUCCCCGCAGCAACUCAGCUCAGGGGGACAGACUCCUCAUAGAGACCUGGAGAAAGUACUGACAGGAGAAGAGAAAGCUCUGCGCCCAGGCGACCCUGGGUUCUGUGCCCGAGCCAGGGUGCCCAUGCCAUCCAACAAGGACUACGUUGUGCGGCCCAAAUGGAACGUGGAGAGCGAGUCCAGAGCAGCCCCGGUUAAGAAGGGCAUGUCACGGGUAGACAAACAGUUGCGUCGCUUUGCCGACAUCAAGCGUAUGACGAAGACGGGCCACGCUGUGAAAAUCAGCGUCCAGGGCAACCGGAUGCCCCUCUGAUUUUUAAAACUUCUAGUUUUUUUCAGACUUUUUUUAUUUCUCCUUUUUUAUAUGUUGCUCCUAUAGCAUGGUCCCAGUUCAAAUUGUUCAUCAUUACUUUCUUGAAGUGAUUGGCUACAUGAAAGCAUAGGUUUCAAUUCAGAGCUGUGAUUAUUCCAAGGAAGGGAUGAUAGAAUAAUGCAAUUAUUUCUUUGAUUUGGGCCAGGGUCCCAGUUCUGUGCACUUUAGCCAACUCCUCUAACUAGCAUGUUUAGAAGAGUUGGCUAAAGCACAUGGGACCAUUCCCUAUACAAACCCCCUCAGCCCAGCCUGAAUGUAUGAUAGUGGUGUGGAUUCACAAGCUGGUUGGCCUUCGGUCCUCUAGACUGGGAUAGAUUCAAUACGGAGUGUGGAAGAUUCACGUUGUAGCACGAUUGAGCAGACAUUUAGCGUUUACCAAACAUUGCCCUUAAAUUGCAAUUGCUCCAUAUUGAAUAUACAUUAGGCCUUCAUUGUUUUACUUUGUUUCUGAAGAAGCUGUACAGACUUAGGAGCUUGCCUGUGUGUCUUCACUGUGUGCUGGUUGGUUCCGAAGUUACUUUCAUAAUAAAGAGGGUUUCACCAGA